AUGAUCUGUAGAGCUCUAAAUCUCGAACCUAACGAAAAUCCAGUUGAAUUUUAUCAAGUUCAAAUUCUUCGAGCAACACAAUUCACAUCAACUGCAAGUCAAAUGAAAUUUGUCACGAAAGUUAACGAAGAUCUUGAAACUUUCCUCAUCUACGUUAAUGAGAGUAAAAAUGUCUGUAUAACUGGAAAAUAUCGACUUGUUGAUAAACCGACAGUAAACUUGCUAUCUGUUGAUUUUAAGAAUAUCAAAGAAAAAGAGAUUAUACUUCAAAAGAAGGAUAUUUACAAGGAACUUAGAAUUCGUGGUUAUGACUAUUCAGGAUCAUUCCAAGGUGUAGAAGAAGCUUCUUCUAAUGGAAGGUGGGGUAUGGUCAAAGACACUGGACAUUGGAUUAGCUUUUCUGAUGCUUGUUUACAGGUCUCGUUAUUGGCUUCGAAGUCCCGUAAGCUGAUUGUUCCUGUUUACAUUGAUUAUGUUUACAUGUUUCCACCAGAAACAUUAAGUGCCUUUAGCGAUGAAACUGUCAGAUCAGUUUCUGAUUCUACUAUAAAACUUAGUGUUUAUUUCAAUCAAGAAACGAGAACGGGAUUCACGAGCGGUUUUAUUCUUAAAGGAUUAGAAGGCGAAGAAAUCAGAAGAAAGAUCAACACAGUGAACCACCAAAUACGAAACCAUAAUCUAAUCCCAUUCAAUUCGUAUCAUAAGCUUAGCAAUGAAAAAGCAAUGAGACAACAAGAGUAUAGUUUUCAAUGCUCGAAAUUAAUUGAAAAUAUCGAGAGAUUGAAAUCAAGAAAGCUUGAUCAAAUAGAUUUUAAUGAUCUUAAGCCAGAGAUCAAUGAAAACAAUAGUUCUGACAAAGUUUUAAGACAAAUUUUAGAGUUGGAGAUACAACAAUGCAAAAGUCUAAUCGAUAGUGUAGAUUUCGACUCGAAUUUAGAUGCUGUUCUCAACCAAUAUCAAGAUGCUCUGUACCGAGAUUUUUUCUUUUAUGAACCAGAAAAAUUUUUACUUGAACAAAUUCUGAGUAUUGCAAGAUACAAUUUAAUCAAGAAAAAAAUCUACAUUGCAUUUUGUAAUUUCAGUCAAAAGCUAUUUGAAAACGAUGUUGAAAAUAUUUUCAAUGAUUAUGGAUUCACAACGAUGAAUCAUUUUAUAAAGAGUGAUUCUGAUUCUAAUGUGAUCAAUAUUCAGAAUGGAAACACCGAAAAUGGCUCAGAAUCAAAGUUAUACGAUUUUAUCUUUAUUCGUGACAAGUCAACUCUUCUCAUGUACAAAGAUACCGAACCUGAAGUAAAAUGCAAUCAAUACGAUCCAUUGUUGAAGAAUCUAUUUGAUUCACUAAAAGAAGGUGGAUUUUGUCAAAUUAUGACGAGAACUAAAUUAAGACCAGUCGAACAAGAAUGGCAACAAUUGAUUGGAAAUAAUCAACAGAUCAACUUUGAUUUAUCAACACUUAAAAGUAACGCAACCGAUGCUGGAUUCACUUGGAUUUGUCACAAGGAGAUGGUCGAUGAAGGAUAUUGUUCAGUUCUACUGAGACGUCCAUUCGCACCUAAUCCAGAUCAACAGGUAACAUUUAUCAGAGUGAAACUUGAUAAUAAUUAUGAUUGGAUUGAUAAGAUAAAAGAAUUGUCGAAAGAUAAGAAUCAUAAAAUCUGGUUAACUGGAGGUGGUUAUGAUAACGGGAUAGUUGGACUCAUCAUGUGUCUGGUUAAAGAUCCACAUGGUUAUAAUUUGAGAUGUUAUUAUGAUCCGAAAAAAGAUGAUAAUGAAGAGAUAAUUGUUCCUGAUGAAGUAAUGGAAAGAGAUUUGAUAGUAAAUGAAGUUGAUGAAAGUGGAGAGAUUGGAUUGUAUAAAAGUGAACUUGCCAAUCUUGAUGAUUUACAAAUAGAAACAAUGUCAUGUUAUGCUGAUAUUAAAACCAAAGGUGAUCUUUCAAGUUUGCGAUGGUUUCAAUCACAUCAUAGUAAUUGGACUCAUAUUCCUAAGGAGAAGCUCAUCGAAGAUCAUGAAAAGAUAACAAUCUAUUUUGGGUCUUUGAAUUUCAAAGAUGUUCUAAUUGUCACAGGAAGAAUUAAUUUACAAUUUAAUAUGGACAACGACGGGUUACAAGCUGGUCCACUAAUUGGAACUGAGUUUUCUGGAAUAGAUUCAUUAGGUAAUCGAAUCAUGGGGAUGUGUGCAGCUGGAGGAAUCGGAACAUCUCUUUGCGUUGAAACUUAUUUAACAAAGAUUCCAGUUCCAGAAAAUUGGACAUUAGCCGAAGCUGCAACAGUUCCUGUUGUCUAUCUAACAGCUUAUUAUGGUUUAAUUUCUCGAGGAAAUUUACAAUCUGGUGAAAGUGUUUUAAUUCAUGCAGGUUCAGGAGGAGUUGGUCAAGCAGCUAUUUCGAUCUGUCUAUCAAAAGGUUGUCAAGUAUUUACUACAGUUGGAACACAAGAGAAACGGGAUUUCAUUAAGAAACGUUUCCCUUCAAUCGAUGAUGAUCAUAUUGGUGAUUCUCGAUCAACAUCAUUUGAAGAUAUGAUUAUGAAGAUGACCGAUGGUCGAGGAGUUGAUUUGGUUUUAAAUUCACUUUCUGAUGAUAAAUUAAAAGCUUCGAUCAGAUGCUUAUCAGAUUUCGGUCGCUUCAUCGAAAUUGGUAAAUAUGAUAUGAUCCAAAACACGAAAAUGGAUUCACAAUUCAUAGAUUUCAACAAAACGUUUCAUGCUUGUUGCUUGGCAUUUCUGCAAGAUGAUGUGUUCAUCAAGAUGAUUCCUGGUCGGAUACAAGUUUGGAAUGGUCUUAUUGAGAUGUUAAAAGAAGGAAUCAAAUCAGGCGAAGUUGUACCUCUAUCGACAACGAUAUUCCAAAUGAAUCAGCUGGAAGAGUCGUUUAGGUUUAUGGCAACAGGGAAACAUAUUGGUAAAGUUUUGAUUCAAAUGAGAAAUGAAAAUGAAGAUCCAAACAAAGCUGAACUUUAUCGUUCAAUUGGUCAAACAUUUUUCGAUCUUGAAAAAAGCUACAUAAUAACUGGUGGACUUGGAGGAUUAGGACUCGAACUUGCCUAUUGGAUGGUAUCAAGAGGAGCGACUAAUCUAGUUCUAACCUCACGUUCUGGAAUCAAGACAAAAUACCAAGAGUAUAUUUUAGAAAGAAUGAGAAACAAUAGUUACUCUCGAGUGAAUAUUAUUAUCUCUAAUGAAGAUUGUUCAACUUCAGAAUCAGCUGAGAGAUUAAUUAAUCAAGCACAAGAAUUGGGCCAAAUCGGUGGAGUAUUUCAUCUUUCUAUAGUUCUAAGAGAUGGACUUUUCGAAAAUCAAACAGCUGAAACAUUUGAUGAAGCUGUCAAACCAAAAGCUAUCGCUUGUCGUUAUUUGGACCAAUUAACUCGCUCUCUGCCCUACAAUAUUGAUUAUUUCGUAUGCUUUUCUUCAAUAGCUGUUGAGCUCAAGUAUUGCACAGACCAAUUAUUGUUUCGGUAA